CCCCUUUUCACUUCUCUCUUUUUAUUCCCCGAGUCCACCGUUACACUUCACCCCACCCCCUCCCUCAAUCUACCACAUCAAGAUGCGCUUCUCUUUCGCCGCUGUCUCCCUCUUCGCGCUCGCUGGCCUCGUCGCUGCCGUGCCUGUCGAGAAGCGCUCCGUCGUCACGGAGAUUGGCAGCCUCAUUAGUGGUCUCGAGGACGGCCUCGGUGUCACUGCCCUCGAAGACGAGCUCGACAAGCUCCUUGGUGGUGGUCUCUCCAAGCUUGAGGAGACUCUUGGCGUAACCUUUGCCGAGAAGCUUCUCAAGCUCUCCAAGGAAGGUGCCAGCCCCGGCGACCUCCAGACCAUCGGCAAGGGCAUCUACUACCUCGAGGAGGGCCUUGGUGUCAACGCUGUUGACGACUUCCUUGACAAGGAGACGGGCGGCGCCAUCACCAGCAUCGAGAAGGCCCUCGGCGUCACUGACAUCGAGAAGGCUCUCGGUAUCGAGGCUUAAAUUAUACCCGUGUCAGACCACCAUGUGCACAACUGGAUUGAGAGCAUCCAUGCUCUCUCCAAAGUACUGACAUUACUGCCUGGAACCCUUCUUGCCCCCACCAUCACUCCCCCCCUACCCCAUCGCACCGUCAACCAUCAGACGGACAUAGACACACUCUCACUUGCUCCCUCAUUUUCGAGGCGAUUGCCAGAACCACCU